AAAGAUGGCGGCCGCGCCUUUACAUUUCUCAGGAUCCCUGCAAACGACGCAAGAGUGACGUCACGACAUCCGCAGAGCCAGACCCGGAAGUGUUGGUUAUGUUUGCAGGCUGGAGCUCCCCGACCCUGGAUCCUGAUGGCUGUGGAUACAGAAAAAGCAUGCUUUGGCCUUUACUGUGGAAAAACUGUUCUUUACUCAAAUGGGUCGAAUGAAACCUUUGGAGAAUGUGGGGCAUGUCCUCGAGGUCAGCGGAGCGACUCGAACAGCAUCUGCCGCCAGUGUAUCGGGUCUCCCGAGCUGUAUGACUGGCUGUAUUUAGGAUUUAUGGCCAUGCUUCCCCUUAUAUUACACUGGUUCUUCAUUGAAUGGUAUUCUGGUAAAAAGAGUUCCAGCGCACUCUUCCAGCACAUCACGGCCUUGUUUGAAUGCACUGUGGCCGCGCUGAUAACAUUACUCGUCAAUGAACCUGUUGGAUAUCUACACAUUCACUCCUGUGGAGUGGAAAAGCUUUCUGACUGGUAUACGAUGCUGUAUAACCCCAGCCCGGACUACGUGAACACUGUGCACUGUACGCAAGAGGCCGUUUAUCCCUUGUACACAGUCGUCUUCAUUUACUAUGCAUUCAGCUUGAUGCUGAUGAUGCUACUCCGACCUCUUUUAAUAAAGAAGAUCGCCUGCGGCUUGGGGAAGUCGGACCGCUUUAAGAGCAUCUAUGCAGCGCUUUAUUUCUUCCCAAUCCUAACCGUGAUACAGGCCGUAGGAGGUGGUUUACUGUAUUAUGCCUUCCCAUACAUCAUUCUGGUGUUAUCGCUGAUAACGCUGGCAGUGUAUAUGUCUGCAUCAGAGAUCGAGACUUUUAAGGAUCUUCUGGUGAGGAAGAAACGUCUGGUUGUUCUCGUUAGUCACUGGCUAGUUCAUGCCUAUGGGAUUAUCUCCAUUUCUAGAAUGGAUAAACUAGAACGAGACUUGCCUCUCCUAGCAUUGGUUCCGGGGCCUACACUCUUCUACUUGCUUACUGCCAAAUUUACAGACCCAUCACGGAUACGUCUGGAAGAAGGUAGUGGACAUUAACUUGGGGGGUCAUCUUGGCAGAAUGAACUGAACUGAGAAAGCCAUGAGCUUCAGGUGGAUGGCGGUAUUUCCUGGACACGUGCAAAGGCAGUACGACGGAGACAGCCAUUUUGUCAGCUACUAUUUAUCUAAACAUAACUUAUGAUUACCAAGGAGCCAAUGGCAAUAAAUUUUACCCGUUAGCUUCACAGGAUGGAGAAUUUAUUUUGCGCACAGUUUUUUUUUUUGCAUUGCUUACUAUCAGUUCAAAUCCAAUGAAGGGCCACAUUCUCAUUGACAGGACUGGCUGCUUCCAAUAUGUGCAGACGUUAUAAAGACCUUUUCCUUCACCUUGAAGCUUUAGUCCUAUAAACCGCGAAACCUCCCAUCCUCCAACAAAGCUGCACCCCAGUAUCAUAGUGAAGGCACCUAAAGUAUUAAUGAGGACAAGGUACUGCCUAGUAACGCAUGCUGGGACUUCACUGUGGAUUAGAGGACUCUGUUUAGUAAAAUGUAGAUGUCUAAUAAACUCCUGCAGCGCUGUCAAGUAGAGGAGCGAAGGAAAUAAAAUAACCUCAUAAACACGCAGCCUUCUCCGGGAGCGAUGAACGGAGGCUGUCCCUUCAUAUCGUGUCUUCUGACCCUUUGUAAAUGGAUUCUAUUUAUUUUUCAAUUGUUUUGUGGGGAUAUGUAUGAAGGCAAGUAAAUGGGAUUUUAUUUGUCUUUUUUUUUUUUUUAUACAUGAAUUUCUGUAAUAUACAGUUUUAUUUGAUGUCCUUUAAAAAAUAAAACCUGCUUCAAGGAA